AUGACCUAUGGUAAGGUGCGACAUAUUCGAUUGAUCCAUCUUCGAAAUAUAUUACUUCCUUGUGUAGAAUGUUUAGAUGAAACAAACUUGAAACAAGAUCAUCCAUCUCGAGAAAGAAAGGAAAGUAUUAGUCGAAGAUUUGGUCAAAUUUUGGGCAAUGGUGUACAGAAACAUACUAGACAACUGGUGGAUACAUUCUAUUCGCUCCAUAUUGGUCUUGGAGAUCAAUUGAUAUAUAUUAGUGAAGUGGUUAAUAAUGAUCUUAGUCCAAAUUUCCAACAGAUAUCAUUCCCAGAAUUGAGUAUGGAAUAUUCGAAUGGAAAGUUAAUUAAAGUGAAAGUAUGGUGUAAACCAAGUGAUAGUAUAGAGGAUUGGAUCUUAUUACAAGAGAUAAAUAUUGAUUUAUUGAAGUUAAUACCGAUAGAUAAUGAAACAAUAACAGAAGAAGAAUUAGAAAAUAAUUCUAUAAUUAUGAUUUUCGAUAAUGGUGCAACUUACACCAUGAAAGAAUAUAUAAGGGGUAAAUAUGUAAAAUAUCAUGGAAUUGUUCCAUUAGAGAGGAAACCAUCAUAUACAUUUGAUUCGAUUAGAUCAAUCAAUAGUUUAAAUAGAUCUAAUAAGGAAUUAAUUGGAUCUAAGAGAAAAUUAUCAAAUCAAAUAAGUGAAUUGUUAAAAGAACAAUCAUCUUGUGAUAAUAAACAAUUUAAUGAAGAUAAUAAGAUUAAACUUGAAAACUUUAUUAAGAAACAAUUAAUGAUUAAUGAUACCAUAUCAUCUAAAAUUAUGAAAUUAAAAGUAUCAAUGAGAGAAAUUCAAGAACUUAUUGAUAAGAAAUUGAAUAAUAAUAUAGAGAUUAAAAAUGAUGAGAUAGAAUAUUUGGAUACAACAUUAGAUCCUAUGAGAGAAACAUUAACAAAUUCAAUAUAUCCUGAAAUAUUAUUACAAUUAAAACAAAUUACUAAAGUUAUUGAAAAAAUGAUAAUUUUAGAAAAUAUCCCCAAUACUGUUAGAUUUCGAAUUAUGGGGGUUGAAUUCCCACUGAAUAUAAAGGAAUUAUUAGAAAUAUGUUAUUAUAAUAUCCAUCCAUUGAAUGGAUUAAUGGAGGGAGAAGAUCAUUUACUAAAGAUAAAUAUGAUAAAUGCCGGGAUUUCAUACAUAUCACAGAUAAUAACCAUAUUUGCCGAUGUUUGUGAUAUUAAUCUAAAAUAUCGUAUACGAUUGAAUGGUAGUUAUUGUACGAUUUUUGAUCCCACCAUAAGAAAUGAACAAGAGAAAAUGAUGGAAUUCCCCUUGUAUUAUAAUAUGGAAGAUACCAUCAAAAAAUUGGGAUCACCACCUGAAAAUGUAUGCAUCAAUAAGAAUUAUAUAUAUGAAAAUUCUAAAUUUGAAUAUGGGUUAUCAUUAUUGAAUAAGAAUUUGAUGAAUAUUAUAAAUAUUAUUACAGAAAUGCAUCAACGAUAUUCUCAACUGGAGAGAAUAAAUAAUUUACAACAAAGAAUUCCAAUUGAUUGUAUGGAUAAUUUGUUAUGGAAUAUUCAAUUUUUAACAUUGUUUUUAACAUGUUAA